CGCCUUAAUUUCCUAUUGCUCUGUCAAAACGUCACACUUUUUUAAGCUCUUCACCUGUUUCUUCUGCUGUCAAUCUCAAGCCUCAGGAGAAACCCUCUCUCUCUCUCUCUCUCUCUCUCUCUCUCCCCUCAGUUGGCCACCAAUUAUUGUAGUUGCCCUUCUGAGACUGGAAGCUUAUCCAUCUCUUGCUCAUAUGGAUAAUCUUGGAGUUACUAAUAGUAGUCUUCAAGAAAGAAAAGCUACCAAAAAGUCCAAAGCCAAUAAGAAAAAGCCUAUGAAAGUUGUAUACAUAUCUAACCCCGUGAAGUUCAAGACUUGUGCCUCUAAAUUCAGGGCCUUAGUGCAAAAACUCACUGGCCAAGAUGCUGAAUUGCCUGACCCAAGUAGGUUUACGGAUAAUGAUAGUAAUGGCGGCGGCGGCGGCGGCGGCGGUAGGUACGUCAAUAAUCUAACGGUCCCAGAUAAUGCAUCUAAAACUGUUGAUGAUCUUGCACUAGAGGUCCCCACUGUGGAUCUAAGUGCUAAGCAGCUGCCUGAAACACCAGAUGCUCCUCCUCAUCCACUGGAGUCAUCUUUUGAUGAUAUUUUCAUGCCUCAGAUGUUACAGAAUUUUUCAGGGUUACUGCCAUCAAGUUUAUUGUCUGAAUAUUCUGCAAAUGUAAACUGAGUAAGCUCCCGCUUUGAUUGUAACUUUCUAGUUUACUAUCUAAUGGAUCUUUCUUGUUAAUUUCUUUA